UCCUUCAACUCUUCACUUCAUAGUUCUUAGUACUAAAAACAUCGGGCGCUGGGGGAUCCAAGCGUUUCCUCCAUGCAUGCACUUUGCUGAUCUUUGUGGGUGAUUUUAUUUGCCUCGCUUUUAAUGUUGAUUGUUUUACGCACUGGUUGUUUUUAUAUCGUUUGAUUUUUUUUAUUUUUUUUUUGUUUUUGGAAACAAAAACAGAAAGACACAAAGCAAUGUCGUAUCCUCAGGGUUACCUCUACCAGCCCCCGGGCUCUUUGGCUCUCUAUUCUUGCCCAGCUUACGGGGCGUCAGCACUGGCUGCCCCAAGGAGCGAGGAGCUGGCAAGGUCUUCAUCCGGUUCAGCGUUCAGUCCCUACCCAGGAUCGGCAGCUUUUACCGCUCCAGCAACUGGCUUCACAAGUCCAUUGCAGUAUACUACGGACCCGGCUACGGGAUUCCCUUCAUACAUGGGUUCCCCGUACGAUGCUCACACAACCGGAAUGGCAGGGGCGAUUAGUUAUCAUCCUUAUGGGAACCCAGGAUACCCUUACCAGCUGAAUGAUCCAGCUUACCGAAAGAAUGCAACGAGAGACGCUACAGCCACCCUGAAAGCUUGGCUUCAGGAACACAGGAAAAAUCCCUACCCGACCAAAGGAGAGAAGAUCAUGCUCGCCAUUAUCACCAAAAUGACCCUCACACAAGUCUCCACCUGGUUCGCUAAUGCCAGGAGGAGACUGAAGAAGGAAAAUAAAAUGACCUGGGCUCCUCGAAAUAAAAGCGAAGACGAGGACGAAGAAGAUGGGGACGGGGAAAGGAAAGACGAUCAUUCAGAAAAGAACCACGACAACAGCGAAACUUCAGCGGAAGAUGAAGGUAUUAGCUUACACGUUGACACACUCACUGAUCAUUCUUGCUCAGCGGAAUCUGACGGAGAAAGAAUCAGUUGCAGAAUUGGGGACGUCGUUUGCGAGUCUGGAUCAGAUACCAAGGACAAAUGUGAAGAUGAUGAUAAUGACAUAGAAAAUGAAGAACGGGAACGAGGCCUCUCACCUAAGCCUGUGACAACAUCGCCACUAACCGGGAUAGAAGCCCCACUUCUUAAUCACCACCACCACGAAGACACGUCCAGAAGCAACAACAAAACUAGUUUGGACAGCAGAAUUUCUUCAGGGCCACAAACUCAGACCAUUAAACCUAAACUGUGGUCAUUAGCAGAAAUAGCCACCUCGGACCAAAAACAGCACUUGGGGCAAAACUGUCCCCCAAGCGUGCUGUCAUCAACGCCUGCGUCAACGUCUUCAAACAGCACUGUUUACCCAGCGUCUUCCAUCUUAGGAAGGCCAAUUUAUUACACUUCUCCUUUUUAUAGUAAUUAUACAAACUAUGGCAACUUCAGCCCUUUGCAAAACCAGGGGAUCUUGAGGUAUAAUUCUUCUGCGGUGGCUGCUAAUGAGGGGCUCAAUCAGACUGUACUAAAUACAGCCUCUAUUCACAAACAGAGCAAUGACUCUCUUACAAAAAAUAUCCCAAACCAACUUGAACAACACUUCAGGCCCACUAAUUUAGAGUCCAAGAAAGACACCACUGAAGUGUGCACAGUAGGAGCCCAACCAUACCUAUCAGGGCAAUAAGAACAUAACACACGUAGGUGUCACAAUUGCUUAGAAAAAAAGCGGGCAAGCCAUCAUUCCUCAAUCCUCUGUUAUAUGAAACCAAUUAUGUAAUUCGGGAUCACAUCUUGUGCCACUGUAUAAAAGAAGACAACAGCGCACUAUACUUUAAUUCAACAGAUUUUAAUCAGUUAUUUAUUUUGAACAUAUGUGCAUUUGUUUGUAAAGUAGUUUUUUUUUUCCCAAUGUAUGUGACUUUGAAAAAAGUUAUUUCUCAGGAUCCCUUUAUUGCUCAUUGCCACGGUAUAUUGUAUACUAUAGGUGUGAAAAGAAUUACUGUAAAACCUAUUUGUAAAAGAUGUAUAAUGUAGAAGAAAUGUGACUGACGAACUUGAGUACUCUUAAAAAGUGGAAAACAUUUGAUAUUUAUUUUUGUAAUGACGGCGAAAAGCCUAUAAUUUAUGCAAGUUGUAUUGCAAUGGAAACUGAACAUUGUUUUGUAAAUAAAUUAUGACUGGUUUUUAUUUGAAACGUAAUGGCAAGUUACACAAUCUUUGUUGGUUGUUAACAAGAAUACUUUUACUAAUUUAUAUCUUUGAUUGUAAAUAAAACGGGCUAGUCUGUAAAGACAAAGUUGUGCAAUCCAUUAUUUAUAGCAGAAUAAAUUCAUGUCGCUGCUGUCGAUU